AUGUCGAUUCCCCCGCAGCUCAUCCGCGUCAAGCGCAAGCGGGACGACGAGUCUCCCGUUACUUUUCUCCAGCUCGAUGAAGGGGCUAAGCGCCAUCGCAGUGAGGCGAAUUGGGUAUACCAGCGACGAGAAUCAACGGCAGCACCGUCGGGCCCAGCCGUCAGCCGUGGCGAUGGAAGACCGGUGAUUCAUGUCUCGCAGCCGGAAGCUGUAACAUCUCCGUCCAAGACACACAACGAUGACCAUAGCUCGGGUUCUAUGGGCGACAUACGGGGAGCUACGAGGCGAUCUGCAGAUGGGCAGCUCUCAGAACAGCGCAAGUUCCAUGUAUCACGAGCGAUGCUGGCCCAGGCAUCCGCCAACCAAGGAUCGGCCCGUCCAGGAAGCUCGAAGUAUGCAUCUUAUGGACCAACGAUAUUUAUCGAGCGUACCGGACGUAGGAAGAUCAUACCAAGGUCUUCACGCCAGAGCCUCGUCAUAAAAGAUGCCCACGCCAUUAUAGCCCAAGACCACCCGCAAGAGAUGGUGACAACAUCUGACGAGCCCAUCGAGCAGAAACAUCUGAAGAAGCCCGGCGUUGCAAGGAGACGCGACCCUUCGCAGGAACCCCCGGCUCGUGCGCCUCUCCCACAGUCGCUGGCCAACCGUAAUGCCGAUGAUAUGGACAAAAUCACUGCGGAUAUGAACCAAUGGGUAUUAAACGAGAUUGGUGCAAGCUUACACGCCAUGGAGGUGGAAAGGAAGCAAGCCGAGAAGCCGAGAUUCAGACCUAAAGCUCCUGAAAAGAGAUAUCAAGAGCGCCACCCUGAGAUUGCCGCGGCAGCAACUCCUCCUGUUGAGGAGUCGGGAGAUACACCAAUGGCAGACGCAAGCGAGGAGGAAGGGGACGAUGAGGACUGGAUCAUUGAGGAGUACGUCCGCAUUCCGGCUCACUCCAUGGGUCUCAACGUCGUGCCGUCUGAUAUUGGUAUCUUGGUCCUGAAUGGAGAAGAGGAGAGCCAGCUGUUUUACGGGUCGCCUCAAGAUGAAGAUGACGAGUAUGCCGAGGAUGAUGAGGACGAAAAUGCGGAAAACUACUAUACGGCAGACUAUCCAGAGGACGAGGUUGACACCGAAGACGAGUUUGAUCGUCACGCUUACAUGUACCGCAAUGCCAACGCCUCAGACGAGGAGGAGUUUGAUGACAACGAAUACGACAGCGAUGAGAUUGUCAUGGAAGGCCAGGACGACGACGACGAUGACGCAAGAAUGGACCGCAUCCGGGAAUUCAUGCAACGCAACGCGGCAUUUCGAGACGCGCGAUAA